AUGCUCACCAAGUUUGAGUCGAAAUCUUCCCGCGCAAAGGGAAUUGCCUUCCACCCCAAGCGGCCAUGGAUUCUCGUCUCUUUACAUUCAUCGACGAUCCAACUAUGGGAUUACCGUAUGGGAACACUCAUCGACCGAUUUGAGGAGCACGACGGCCCUGUUCGUGGCAUUGACUUUCACCCUACGCAGCCCCUCUUUGUUUCCGGAGGUGACGACUACAAGAUCAAGGUCUGGAACUACCAGACCAGGAGAUGUCUUUUCACAUUGAAUGGUCAUUUGGACUAUGUGCGAACGGUGUUCUUCCACCCCGAGCUCCCAUGGAUUUUGUCUGCUUCGGACGACCAAACAAUAAGGAUCUGGAACUGGCAAAACAGGUCAUUGAUCUGUACCAUGACCGGCCAUAACCACUACGUGAUGUGCGCGCAAUUCCACCCGACAGAAGACCUCAUCGCUUCCGCCUCGCUAGAUCAAUCCGUCCGUAUCUGGGACAUUUCGGGACUGCGGAAGAAGCACUCGGCGCCGACCACGAUGUCGUUCGAAGAUCAGAUGGCCCGGGCCAACAAUGCACAGGCAGACAUGUUCGGAAAUACCGAUGCAGUGGUGAAGUUCGUUUUGGAAGGCCACGAUCGGGGUGUCAACUGGGUUGCCUUCCACCCGUCAUUGCCCCUGAUCGUCUCCGCGGGUGAUGACCGCCUCAUAAAGCUAUGGAGAAUGAGCGAUACGAAGGCAUGGGAAGUCGAUACCUGCCGUGGCCAUUUUCAGAACGCGUCCGCAUGUCUUUUCCAUCCUCACCAAGACCUUAUACUCUCCGUUGGAGAAGACAAGACGAUCCGUGCCUGGGACCUGAACAAAAGAACACCCGUCCAAUCCUUCAAGCGGGAUGUGGAUCGGUUCUGGGUCAUUGCCGCCCACCCAGAAAUCAACCUAUUUGCGGCAGGUCAUGACACUGGAGUAAUGGUCUUCAAGCUGGAGAGAGAGCGGCCCGCAUCCGCUGUGUACCAGAACCAGUUGUUCUACAUCACCAAAGAGAAGCACGUAAAGUCGUUCGACUUUGCGAAGAACGUUGAGUCGCCGUCCAUGCUGUCAUUGCGCAAACUGGGAUCGCCCUGGGUGCCUCCUCGCACGCUAUCUUACAAUCCGGCCGAGCGUGCCGUACUUGUAACAUCCCCGGCAGAUGGGGGUGUGUAUGAAUUGAUCAACCUCCCUCGAGAUGCUACAGGCGCCAUCGAACCCACAGACGUCAAGCGCGGCCAGGCGUCCUCGGCUGUUUUUGUCGCGCGUAACAGAUUCGCUGUCUUCAGCCAGGCCAACCAGCAGGUGGAUAUCAAAGACUUGAGCAAUUCUACGACCAAGUCCAUUAAGCCUCCGGCUGGAACCACUGAUAUCUACUUUGGCGGAACUGGCAGCCUUCUCUUCAUCACACCUACCUCUGUCGUGCUGUUUGAUAUCCAGCAGAAGAAGCAACUAGCGGAAUUGGCUGUGAGCGGCGUCAAGUACGUUGUAUGGUCAAACGAUGGGCUCUAUGCAGCAUUGCUCAGCAAGCACAACGUCACCAUUGUCACAAAGACUUUGGAGCAAGUGAGCAGUUUACACGAGACUAUCCGUAUUAAAAGCGCGGCUUGGGAUGACGCUGGCGUCCUUCUUUACUCCACCUUGAACCACGUGAAGUACUCUCUUUUGAACGGUGACAAUGGUAUCAUCCGGACUUUGGAUCAGACAGUUUAUCUGGUCAAGGUCAAAGGCCGAAGCGUCUAUUGCCUGGAUCGGAAUGCUAAACCAAGAACCUUGGAAAUUGAUCCCACCGAAUACCGCUUUAAGCUCGCCCUUGUUAAGAGGAACUACGAUGAGAUGCUGCAAAUCAUAAAGACAUCCAGCUUGGUCGGUCAGAGUAUCAUCUCCUAUUUGCAGAAGAAGGGCUAUCCGGAAAUUGCUCUCCAGUUCGUCCAAGACCCUCAGACACGUUUCGAGCUUGCGUUGGAGUGCGGUAACCUGGACGUCGCAAUCGAGAUGGCUAGAGAGCUGGACCGUCCCAACCUGUGGAACCGGCUUGGUAUCGAGGCACUGGCACAUGGAAACCAUCAGAUCGUGGAAAUGGCUUACCAGAAACAACGAAACUUUGAUAAGCUGUCGUUCCUUUACCUGUCUAUUGGUGAUCAGGAGAAGCUGUCAAGGAUGGCGAAGAUCGCGGAGCACCGCGGGGACUUCACCUCCCGCUUCCAGAAUGCCAUUUACCGGGGCGAUGUUGAGGAUAGGAUUCAGAUGUUCAAAGAGGUGGAUCUCUACCCCCUUGCAUACCUCACUGCCAAGGCUCAUGGAUUGACUGAGGAAGCCGAAUCCAUCCUCGAGGUGGUUGGUCUAAGUGAAGACCAAGUCUCCCUCCCGACUAUUGAAGCUCCUCCACAGAUACCGCAACCUAUUGUUGCCACCUACAAGGCAAGCUGGCCCGUCAAGGCUGCUGCACACUCAUCGUUUGAGAAAGCCUUGCUUGGGGAAGUUAGCGCAGGCGAUGAAGAAGCCGCUGAACUGGGCUUCGAGCCUGAAGAAGAAGGCGCUGUUACUGCGGGUGAAGCUCUAGAAGAUGAGGAUGAAGACGCUGCUGGUUGGGAUAUGGGCGACGAAAUUAACGUCGAGGAAGACGUUGACUUUGUCAAUGUUGACAGCGCCGAAGCAGGAGCUGGCAGCGUUGAAGCCGAUCUCUGGGCUCGUAACUCUCCUUUGGCAGCCGAUCAUGUUGCUGCUGGUUCUUUCGAUACCGCGAUGCAGCUUCUCAACCGCCAAGUUGGAGCUGUUCACUUUGCUCCUCUCAAGCCUAGGUUCCUCGAAAUUUUCAAAGCCUCCAAGACCUAUCUUUCUGCAACUCCCGGCCUCCCCCCGCUUGUCAACUAUGUUCGACGAACUGUUGACGAAACUGACAGCCGGAAAGUGCUGCCCGCCAUCCCCAGGGACCUUGAAACUAUUGCUAGUGUCGACUUGCAAGAGGGUUACGCCGCCAUGAGAGCUAACAAGUUGGAGGACGGUGUUAAGAUCUUCAAGAACAUCCUCUACUCGGUUCUUGUAAACGUUGUUUCGUCCGAGGCGGAGGUUGAGCAAGCAAAGAAGAUCAUUGCAACUUCUCGAGAAUAUAUCCUUGCAAUGACUAUUGAGUUAGAACGCCGAGCUCUUUCAACAGAUACGCCCGAGGGACUCAAGCGAAGCCUUGAGCUUUCUGCCUACUUCACUAUUCCCAAGCUGGAGGUUGCCCACAGGCAACUGGCUCUCAUGGCAGCAAUGAAACUUGCGUUUACUCACAAGAACUACUCGUCUGCCCUCAGCUUCGCCAACCGCAUGCUGGCCAAUGGUGGUUCUGCUAAGCUCUUGGAUCAGGCUAAGAAGGUCAAGGCUCAAUGCGAGCGUAACCCUCAGGAUAGUAUUGAGAUUGAAUUCGACCAGUUUGCGGAGUUCGACAUUUGCGCGGCGUCCCAUACGCCUAUCUAUAGCGGAUCCCCCAGCGUCUCAGAUCCGUUCACCGGUGCCAAAUAUCAUGAACAAUAUAAGGGUAGCGUCGAUCGGAUAUCUGAAGUGACUGAAAUUGGCGCGCCGGCGAGUGGACUGCGGUUGUAUGUCCCUAGCCAACUCUAA